AUUCCUAUUCAAUUGAUUGUGAGAAAUAGCGGUACCGGAACGUCGAGUACAUUCGCUGGUGUGGAUCUGAUAGUGCCGAAUGGAUUUGGUAUGGAAUUUUGGCUAGCACUUCAAUACGGUACUGCACACGCAUCUGCAUUACGCGAUCAGAAAAGCACUGAAUUCGAAUCGAAUCGCUUCAAUUUUCCAUCGGACAUUCCAGACUGUGAUGCUGGUAGAUGUGAGGUCAAUGAUGAACGUGAUGAACUCAUUACUGAAGAUUUCUUCUUUAUGAAAGAAAGAAUUUUAAUUCAGAAGAAAUAUCUCUCAAGACCGCAUAAUCGUCGAGUUAAAUAUUGGAGCUCAUUACGGGUGAAAUAUCCGUUCAGUUUUGAAUGGUCUUCACUUGUUCACGAGUGGCUUGAUUCAACGUCGUCUCGUCAAACUGAUUCUAAAACGAACCCUUCAAAUGAUUUUUAUGUCAUCAGAGAUCGACGGCAAUUGCUCGUCAUUGAUAAAUGGCUCAGUAGUAAAGUGCCGUUGCCAGAUGAUAUAGUCAAGCAGAAUCAGAAGGCACUUGUUCCGGUACGAUUAGAUGUCCUAACAACGGGUCGCCCGCAACGUUUUGCACUGAUUUGUGCACCAUCUGAUGAUGAUUUCAGUGCGAUUAUUAAGUGGAAUUCCAAUCGAGAAACUGUUAAACUGGAAGAAGUGGAACCUGAAAGUGUCAAUAAAACUGAACACGAAAUUGAAGAAGAGGAUGAAAAGGAGGAGGAGAAGGAGGAAAAUAAGGUCGGAAUGGAGGAGGGUUUCAUUGAAGUGAAUUGUUUGAAGAAAGAGACACCGAUCUCUUUGAACGCACUUUUUCCUGAUAAAGCGAUUUUGAGAAAUCAAAAGCGAAUAGCGGUUAAAAGGUUGAAACGUCAAAAGUGGAAAGCUGCAAAACGACGUCGGAAGGAUGUUGUUGGCAGUGAGAAAACGACAGAUGAGAGCGGUAGUUGGCAAGAUGGCGUGCAAAAUUCGUUGAAUAAAGUUGCGGAUUUCGAUCAGUCAGAAAAUAUCUCAUAUAAGGAAAGUUGUUCAAGGUGA